UUUUGUGUACUAUGAAAUCCGGUUCGUCUUUUGGCCUAAAUAAUAUGUCAUAUGUUAGGAAUUAGUAUUUAUGUAUGUUACAGAAUAACUUUUUGGUGUAAUGAAUAAUAUUAAAUAAUAGGGUGUAUAGUGAUACACUAAUAAGAAAUACAUUACUAUUUAAAGUCGGCAAUUUCUUAAAGUAGGGUUACGUAUGCUGUUGUGUGAACAUUUACACCGAAUGACCAACUCGCCUGCGGGAUAUAUUUAAUUUGAAUUACAUUUUUAACACCGCGAUCGUUGAACAGAGUAUUACUGUAAAAAGAUGACAACUCUAGAACUCAAGGAUGCAAAAACCCUACCCGAUCCCAUUCAUACAUAUCCAAAAAAUGUUAGAAUUUCAUCAACGCCCAUAGUAAUAGACAAUGGGUCAUAUCAGUGUCGAGUUGGUUGGGCAACACAGAAAGAACCAUUGCUUAUAUUCAAGAAUUUAGUUGCAAAACCAAGAAAGGAACGUGGCAAAAAGGACGGAGAGACUCAAGUGGGAAAUGAUAUCACCAAUAUUGAAGCAGUCCGAUUCCAGCUUAAAACUCAGUUUGAUCGAAAUGUUGUAACACAUUUUGAGGUUCAAGAGCAGGUGUUUGACUACAUAUUCACACACCUGGGAAUUGACACAGAAGGUCAUGUUAAUCAUCCUGUGGUUAUGACAGAGCCAUUUCUCAAUCCAAACUAUUCGCGACAUUUGAUGUCUGAACUUCUAUUUGAAUGUUAUGGAGUUCCAAGUGUGUGUUAUGGUGUAGAUGGUUUAUUUAGUUUUCGACACAAUCAUCCGAAGUGUUCCGCAGCCCUGAUCAUAAACUGUGGGUAUCACACAACUCACAUUUUACCAGUGAUCAACAAUCAAGUGGACCCAACACGAAGCAGACGGAUCAACGUAGGGGGUAUUAAUAUCAUAAACUACUUGCAUAGGUUGUUGCAACUAAAGUACCCAGCCCACUUCACAGCCAUUACUCCAAGUAGGGCAGAGGAACUCGUACAUGAACAGACAUAUAUAGCUGUGAAUUACCAAGAAGAAUUAAACUGUUGGGCAGAUUCAGACCACUAUGAUGAUAAUGUACGACGCAUUCAGUUACCAUAUACUGUCCAAGCAGUUACACCUGGUCUUACACCGGAACAACAAAAGGAACGACGUAAAGAGCUGGCAAGACGACUCAUAGAGAUAAAUGCACGCAAACGAGAAGAAAGGCUGGCAGAGGAUGAGGAGCAACUGAACCAACUUCUGGCUGCCCAGGACUUGGAAGAGGGAGAAGAAAAUGAAUUUCAGAAAAUACUAGACUUUUAUGAGUUAUCAAAUGGAAAUGAUCUGCAGAAGUUGAUAAGCCAACUUCAGGCCAGAAUUGAAAGAACAAAACAGAAAAUAGCUGCAGCGAACACUGCUGAAGACACCGUGACAGAGGACCCAAAACCCAAAAUGUUAAAACAAAGUCUGAAACCAAAGGAUCAAGAAGACUUUGAAACCUGGAUUGCAGGAAUGAGGCAGAAGAGACAAGAAAUUUUGGAGAGACGCAAUGCCCGGCGCCAACGUCGACAGGAUAUGGCCAAGCGGCGUACAGCAGCUGCUCAGGAGCGUAUGAGACUCAUCAGUCAGCUUGCACGUAAGGAGAAGCGGGACGACACUUUUGGCAUGCGUGAUGAGGACUGGGAUGUCUACAAAGUAAUAAAUAAGGAAGGAGGAGACUCUGACAGCGAUGAAGAACAGAAACUGCUCGAGUUGGAGGAAGUACUUCGUCGCCAUGAUCCAGAAUUUGAGGGUUCAGGUUCAGCUGGGACCUCUGGCAACAACAAUAAUGGCAACACAGCUGAAACUCACCAGCUUCAUGUAGGCAUAGAGUGUAUCCGGGCCCCUGAACUCCUCUUCCAGCCAUCUAUGAUUGGCUCAGUAGAGGCAGGAUUGGCAGAAACCAUAGAGUUUGUUUUGUGUGGCUAUCCAAGUGAUGUUCAGAAUGCACUCGUGAGCAAUGUCUUCCUGACUGGUGGUUGUGCAUCAUUCUCUGGUUUACCUGAGAGACUCCGUCGGGAACUGCAGGAGAUGCGUCCAUUUAAAUCAACAUUCAGCGUCACAGUUGCUGCCAACCCAACACUUGAUGCUUGGUAUGGUGCACGCACGUUCUCUUCUUCUCCAGAUCUCAGCCAGUAUCUUCUCACUAGAUUGGAGUAUGAGGAGAAGGGUGGCGAGUAUCUAAAGGAGCAUGAUACUUCUAACAAGUAUUAUCCCUCACCAACACCCCUUCCUCAAGCAGAGACCAUUCCAUUACCUGUGGGUGGAGAAGAAAUUGAAAUUGAUGUUUUCUAAGCACUUAAACACCGGCCACAAAAGUAACUUGUUAAUAUGAUGUUUACAGUUUCAAAUGAACAUUUCCAAUAAAUAUCAUUACUUUGAAUAUAAGUAAUUUAACUAAACCUUAUGCUAGAAGAGUUCCAUCUCCUGGGAUAUAACAUGGUGUAGUUCAGUGAAAGUCAGCUGUCAUUGCUUGCUGCCUGCUUCAUGCUGGUUUCUUGUAUGGCUUACUUUUAAACUCUGAAGAUGGAAAUGAAAUGA